AUGGCAAAAGAGUUCCUUCAAAAUGUUAUAACUGACAUGGGAAAUUCGAUCUUUCCUGAUGGUAGUCCUGUUGAUUCUACGCAUAAUGUACAGAAAGGAUAUUUUCAGAGUUGCGGAGACGUUGUUGCAAUAAGCCUUGCCCAGGGAAGCCCACCCCCGUGUUUCUUACAUGAAUGUGUUUACAGAACAAUGGUAGAUGCUAAUACAGACUUCAUGAGUUUCGACGACAACGACAUUACACCUGCGGAGAAGAUCCAUUUAGAGAAUGUUGUAAGUGACCUUCACAGCAAUUCAUUGGCUAUAAUAGAACACAGAUACAUGGGCAAGAUUGAUCAGGAGCACAACGGUGACAUUCGUAGAUCUAUUGUUGUUAGUACUGUCAGCAAGCGACAAUUAUACUUAAGCCAAUUCAUGAAAGGACUUGAACUUUACAGACUUGCUGAAAUGAAACAAAAUCCUGAAGCAUUCAAGCAAUAUUUGAUGAUGGGACAAGCCCAACCAGUUGAUGCCAACUUGGUUUUUUCACUCAUGAAAACACGUUAUUCAAUUAAUGGCUCAACUCAAAAGGAAAUCGAGGAGCGUGUUAUGGAUUAUUUUCAGGAUUUUUGA